AAUGACGAGAAUGAUGUCAGGACGGUUUUGGAAUACUCUCCUGCUGCUGAGGGUUUUAUUGUUGGUGACAGCAGCUUUGCCGACGGAGAAUGCAAGUGCGCCUAUUCGCGAUGAUCUUACAACAGAGUAUGCCAAGCGGAUUAUACGGCAAUCCAAGGUAGCUGAAAUGAAGAGUUUACUGGAUACAAACAUCGCACCUUGUGAAGAUUUCUAUAGUUAUGCUUGUGGCAACUGGCAUCGUCACAAUCCGGCUCAACUUUUGAGAGAUAUCAUGACGGACACCUUUACGCUCAUCUCCAAGGGCUUCGAUCGACGUCUGCAGCGUCUGAUGCAGUCGGGAAAAAUGAAGUCCCGGCUGGAGGAGAAGGUACAAGAUUUCUAUCAAUCCUGCAUCCAAGUAAAACGCGACGAUGUUCAUUACAAGCUUGCAUUGCGCAAUGUUUAUCGAGAGUACGGAGAACUUCCCGUUCUGGCGGGUGAUGAAUGGAACUCCUCGGACUUUAGCUGGUGGCGAACUGUGGCCCAAAUCCUACACAAAUACAGCAAGAACAUCAUAUUUGAUGUGAAAAUAAUGCAGGAUAUAAAAAACAAUACAAUCAAUCGAGUUUAUCUAUUGCCGGCGGACAACGACAAGUUGAGCAAUUCCGAUUUACUUAAUAUCCUUGAAGAUGCCAAAGUGGCGGAGGAGCUAGAGAUCUAUCUUGGACUCAACUCACACCAGGCGAGACUAACCUCCAAGCAGCUCAACGAACUGACGCGGAAGCUGAUAAAAGGUUUUACCAGCAAUGGAGAUGCCUUUGAAGACAAUCUUAAGCUCUACACGGUCAAUGAGCUGCAGCAAAUGUACAGCUCGUAUUUGAACAUGACGGAAUUCCUUGGUCUUGUACUGGGACAGGAAAAUGUGCCGGAUUCAAUAUAUGUCUAUAGCAAUAAUUAUUUAAACAACACACUGAUGACACUCCAGGAAACUCCAACCUCGACUCUGGCUAACUACGUUCUCUGGCAGCUGUUGCAGGAGUAUUUGAUUGAUUCUCCAGCCGACCAGUUGACCAAAUGGUGUAGCGCCAACUCAAGAAAGCACUUUGACAAGCUCGUGGAUCACAUGAUCUACGAACGUUAUCGAAGUGCAGAAACUGAGACUGAGGUGCAUAAUAUGUGGGCCGAGAUUCGAAGCAUUUUCCGGCAACAUCUGACGGGAGACAGACAUGAUUGGAUAUCAAAUACAACGAGGCAAUUAUCAAUUGAGAAACUGGAUCGAAUGCAGCUCUUUAUUAAUGCCUAUGACAAUGAGAACUUUGAGAAUCUUUAUGGCAAUGUCACUGUGAACAAGCUAAACUAUGUUGGAAAUGUCCAGCAGUUGUUGAUGGCACAUGCUAAGCGCAAUCUCGAUAGACUCUACAAAUCUCCCGCCUCUCCCGAUGUAGCCUCAAUAACGAGCUACACACCCGCCUACAACACAAUGGAUAAUGUCAUUACCAUUCCCGUGGCUUUUCUGCAGCCACACUAUCUCUGGGACUCGAAAUAUCCACAAGCCCUGAAGUAUGCCACACUGGGAUUUCUAUUGGGUCACGAGAUGAUUCACGGCUUUGACAACAAUGACAAUAAGACCUGGUGGGAUAGCAGAUCUAGCUAUGAGUUUGAGGAGAAACGCAAGUGCUUUCAGGCCCAAUACAAUGAAUACAAAUACGGAGGCAACCGCCUACCUCCGAACGCAGAGCAAUCGGAGAAUAUUGCGGACAAUGCUGGCGUGAAGUUGGCCUAUAUUGCCUAUCAACGCUGGUUGGAGCAACAGCCGCCGGAGACAGUGCAGCAGGAGACAUUGUCGGGUCUUGAGAUGAACAGCAGACAACUCUUCUUCGUGGCAUUUGCCCAACUCUGGUGUGAUGAUGUGCAGUCACUGUUCAAAUCAACUGUGGCAUCGUCGGAUGAUCAUGCACCCAGCAUGUAUCGUGUCAUCGGAUCGCUAUCCAAUUUCCAAGAGUUCUCCUGGGUCUUCAAUUGCUCACAACAGGCACGCAUGGAUCCGGAGUUUAAAUGUGCCAUCUACUAGAGAUAAGGCUCAAAUAAAAUAAAUCUCAUAAAAAAUUUUUUGUAAGAGUUACAUAAAUAAACAGAAUAUAAAAGAGGAAA